GACCAUGACCGUGCUCAGGCCAGCCCAAUCAACCAGCCAGUGAAGAAGGGGGCCGUCGGGCCGAGCAUGGUCAAGCGCGAGGAGCACAUCCAGGCUGCAGAGCGGAAGGCUGCGAAGCACAGCAUGCCGUCGAACUCCUCGGAGAGUGAGUACUCCUACUCGGACUCCGACUCGCCCGAGGAGAGCGAGGGCCCGCCUGCAGGGGCAUCGAGGGCCACGGGAAGCAUGGGUGUCAUCCCAGAGCUGCUCGGCAAG